UUGCCAACCAAUAUACACAUACACAAAAUGGGUGCUCACGGACAUGCUAUAAAGACCGAUCAAGGUUUCCAGACCUACAACCGUACGUACUCCAACUAACUGCGAGCCAAAAGGAGGAAAUAGGGGUAAUUUUUUGAGCCUGAAAGACUCUUAUACAUAUCGAAAAGUUUCCGAAUGGAACUCUUAGCUGUCCUUCCUUGUCGAUGACAAGCCGUUAUACUAACCCUUUCUAGAGCGUAUGGGUAACAUGCGUAACAUUUGGAAGCUUUCUGGUAAGGCUGGUGCUUUUGUCUUCUUCUCCAUGGGUGUUAUCCCUACUUUGACCUGCUAUUACAUGUACAAGACUGAAAACGCCAUCGAUUUCCGCGGCGCCAAGAGAACCGAGAGCCUUAUCAAGGACUACGUCCCAGAAAAGUACUAGGUUACUUCAACAUAUAUACAGAAUCUCACAGGGAUUGCCUUUCCCUUCUGCAA